CGUCAUCCGAAUGUUUCUCUGACCGCGAAAUUCUACGCUCUGCCACACAAAGCCUAAACAAAGCCUUCCCCUUUAGGUUUGAUUUCCCCGAUCAGAAAACCCUAAUUCUUUUGACAUGGAAGGAGAGCUUCAAGGAGAUUGGGAAGUGCUUCAUAGCUCAGGAUCUACUCAUGAGGAGGAGAAUUCGAAGAUCUUGGAGGAGAUUGAUGAUGAAGAUGGCGCCCAAGGUAUGAUUACCUCCGAUUACUUCUCUCUCGAGAACAAUAAAGGUGUGUGUCGUGUUGAUGCGAUCGAUGAAGAUGGGCCUCUUCAAUCGGGUAGCCCAGGCUGGAUCGAGCCUCGCUCCGACGCUCCUUAUGGCCCGAGGCAUUUUAGCGAAUUAUGGUCGGAUUCGAGCAGCGAUCGGCUCGAUGAUCAGAGAUUAGUCGGUGAUGAGUUGGGUUUAGAGAAAUCAGAUGAACACAGCGAAAGUGUAGCGGAAGAGAGGCAUCUGGGGAAAGAUUGGUUUGAUUCUAGUGGAGAAAUUGGUUUAGUGAGCUCUGGAGGAGGAAUCGAUAUCGUGAGAGAAGAGGAAUCUCCAAAGUAUAUCUCUAUUGAUUCAUCUGUUAAAUCUGGAGGAUUUGUGUGGUGGAAGAUUCCGAUAGAGGUGUUGAAGUCUUGUGUUUUUAGGGUCAAUCCUGUUUGGUCUCUCUCCAUGGCAGCAGCGUUUGUGGGUUUUGUUAUGUUAGGUCGCAAAUUGUAUCACAUGAAGAAGAAGAGCCGUACCUUGCAGCUUAAGGUUCUGCUUGAUGAUAAGAAGGUGGCGAAUCGUGCUGCUCGGUUGAACGAAGCUAUCUCGUUAGUGAAACGUGUGCCCAUAAUCCGACCAGCACUCCCAUCAUCGGUGGGUAUGAACCAGUGGUCUAUGAUGAGUUUGCGGUGAAAGAUAAGUAAAGUGAAUGCAUAUAUGUGUGAUGAAUGAUUGAUGUUGUUGGCAUGUAUCAUAUGAUUGUGUUUAUAUGAGAAGUCUCAAAAUGUUACAAAACAUGCAAAAGAUGCUUGCAAGUUUGUACCGUGUGUGUGUAUAUGUAUAUAUAUUGUUACUUGUAUGGUGUACACAAAUUGAAUCAGGAUCAUAACAAUACAGCUUUGGUGGUUACGGAAAUGUAAAACUCUAAAGCGGUAAGAUACCUACUAAACAUUCUUCUAGAAGUGUAUAUGCGUAAACAUAUUUAAUUAACGUUAACUUUGAACAAAAUAUCUUUUGCUUUCUUACUCUUGAGGCCUACCUUGUUGAGCUCCUAGGCUGGUCCAAGUCAUUUCUCUUAGGGGGCAGUGUCCAACUUAACAAAGAGAAAGAUAUGAUGGUUUUGUUAUGUUUGUCA